AUGACCGAAAUCGUCCUCCUGACAGGAAAGCGCAUACCUACCAUCAAACCGAUGAAGGUAGGUGGCGAGACUAUAACGACGAAACCAUCAGCAAAGUAUCUAGGGGUAACUCUGGACACGAAGUUGAACUACGAAGAACAUCUAAAUCGCGUCUGUAAAAAAGCCAUGACUAGGAUAGGUCAGCUUAGCCGACUCAUGGCCAACGUGCGCGGGCCUAGGCCAACAGUCAGGCGGCUACUCAUGGCGACCACCAACUCUAUCCUAUUAUACGGAGCAGAGGUGUGGGCCGACGCGAUGAGUAUGAAUAAGUAUCGGAACAAGAUAACGGCUGUACAGCGAAGGGGGGCCCUUAGAAUAGCAUGCUCCUACCGGACGGUCGCGGCCGAGGCAUCGCUGGUAAUCGCGGGGGUAAUCCCCGUGGAUCUUCUUGCGACUGAACGCAAGCGGAUCUACGACGCUCGCUUAGCGUCGAAUAGCAUCUCGAUCGCCGCGGAAGAAAGAGAAAAAUAA